UGAAAGAACCACGGCGUCGUAGCGACUAGGACAUUAUAAAAACGAGCGGACAGGUGGAAAACACGUCUGUUCUUAAACACUUGUGAAACUUGUACUCUUUAAAGUCUCCAAAAUGGACCGCCUCUUCGUGCCUCUGAUGUUUGUGUUUGUUGCUUGGAUGACAUCAAGCGUAGAUGCAGAUAUCGGAAGCAACUGCUCUGCAACGACGGAAUGCGAUCCUGUCAACAAUACUGCGACCGUUUGUGACACAACAGCUAACACUUUCGUCUGCAAAGUCGGUGCUGGCAGCGUCUGCAACGGAACUCAAUGCGUGGAGAAUGCUGUAUGUAGUACAGUUUGCACGUGUAACACCGACUACAGAGCCAACUCGGAAAAACUCUGCCUUAAAGAUGCUGCAUCUGGUAUUGCAGUUUCGUUGAUCAUCCUCUUGACCGGCUGUCUGAUAACCUACAUAUAAAGGUUAAAGAAAGGUCACACACCACUCAAUGGAAAGCACAAAGAACUAUGGAAUGGUUUUAAUCCUGUUCAAACCAAAAAAAAUAAAAAUAAACACGUAUAAAAUGAACAUAUGCAAUUUGAGAGACUUAUAAAUUGGUUCUUAAGUCAAAUGGUAAAUUUAACCUAAUAAUCUAUAAAACGUAAAUAACACCGACUACAAAGUUUAUAAAGACCAUUUCAGCUAGGUUUUGGCAGCAGUGACUUUAAAAAUAAAAUGCAAUGACUUGUAAUUCACUCUAAACUUGCGAAAUCAAUUACGGAAAUAUGAUCUACGAACAAAAAAUCUCUCUUCUGUAAUAACAGCUUCUGUAAAUAUAAAUUGUGUGUUUUGUGUUGUUAUCGACAUGGAUCGAGCCUUAUUGUUAGACAUUGGUAUUUAAGACUGAAGUUUUGAUCAGCAGUAAUGCUAACAUUUAAAUUAAAUUAAUGCAUAUUUCAAAGGAAGUUUAAAUUAUUUAUUUAUCUAAACUAUAAUAUAUUUUUAUUGAAGUCCUCUUCAGCAUUCAAAUACGAGUACAAAAAUACUGUUGACGACAAUUUGGUUCUUGAGCCUGUUUCUCUUUCUUAUACGGUUUUAAUUUAUCAGUCCUAAGUUGAGAAAAUAUCAAUUUUUGGAAACGGAAAACACACUGUACAUUCGUAGAGACUAAUAUUCCAUAGGUUUUGAUAAAGUUUUUCUUAAGACUGAUACAUCAAAAUUGUUGAUGAGGUCUUCCAAUAAAAUAACAUGUAUAUUGUAUUUAUUGGGUGGACUGAAUAAACUAUUUAAUAUAUC